UAUUCAUGCCUGCAUGUGCGUGCACCGCCAGAAGCCACCACGGGCGGCACUGCGCUGUGGCACAGAGUCGGGUGGAACGCCCAGCACGCAAGGCCGGCUGGCCAGAAGCCUUCCCUCCCCUCCCCCAAAAGCAAAGGCCGCCGAGACUUCCCCUGGCCCGGAAUCCGCCGGCAGCCCGUCUUUGCCUCCCCCCUCCAUCUGCCCGUCCUGGCUUCCAGCAACGCCCCAACAGCCUUGCCCCGCAGACGCCCCUUCGACGCUGCCAGGAUGGUCUUCAAGGAGCUCCUGUGCUGCUUUGCAGACCAGGACGACACUCCUCCCCACGACAGAGGCAUCGUGAAAUCCGCCCAGCACGCCGCCGAAUCCGCCCUGCCGAGCGGCCCCGACCAUGCCCAGGAAUCUGCCCCGACCGCUGCAGCCGAGGUUUCGGAGCCGGUCCAGUCCGAGCCCCGUCCUGUUCCGCCCAUGGAUCCCUUCGACGCUUGGAUGCACCCGAUCGAGGCCCUUAUCAAGAUGGUCCGGCAGGAGCCCUCGGCCCUCGCCAUAUUCACGAGCGAGAACGACACAAUCGAGCGAUACAGCUAUCUCCGGCUCUGGGAGCGAGCCUACUCCAUCGCCCAGGGGCUCAAGACGCUCCCUGGCUGGGACGACGAGGGCCACAGCGUUGUUGCCAUCUACUGCGAGCCCGAGGCGCACUGGGUGCUCUAUUCGUUCGCCGCCUGGAUCCUUGGCAAGAAAGUUAUCAACUUUGCCCUCAACUGGUCCGCUUCGGUUCGCAAUGAGAUUUCAAAGAGACUCGGCAUUCGGUAUAUUUUGUUCCGGUUCACGCAUCCGGGACGCAUCCAGGGCGUCGAGCAAGUCGAUGCCAGUCUGUUCCCUCCGGUCAAGGACAUUCCCGAGGCAUCGCUCGAGGUGUGUGCGCCCCUGAGCGAGCAAAUCUUCUACAUGAGCACCUCUGGAACGACAGGUGUUCCCAAGACGUAUCUUGGUGCCCACAAGUCCGGCGCUCCGCUUCGACGCAACCUGUGCAUCACCUACGGUCGCAUCGGCUUCUUCCUUGCGCCGUCGUUUUCAGCCUCGAUGCUGCUCAUGCUUGGCACGCUCCAAGCCAAGGCGUCCAUCUGGUUCCCCAAGCCCACCAACAAUCAUGUCGACAAGGCGCAAAAUAUCAUUCGCCUCCUGGACGAGGGCAUGGAUAUUUUGAGAGGAACUCCGUCCCUCAUCAACCUGGUGUUCAAGUUGGCUCUCGCCAAGAACCGCAACACCCAAUGGCCCGGCGUCAAGAGAGUGUCGCCCGGCGCCGAGUUGGUUUCCAUACAUCUCAUCCAGCAGGCUCGAAACUUUUGCCCCAACGCAACAAUGCAGUGCAGCUAUGGCUCCAGCGAGGCGGUGCUCAUCCAGGCGUUUGGCUUCAGUAUCAUCCGGCCCAAGGACCCUAUCCCCGAGCGACUCGUUUAUACCAUCUCAAAUCCUGGCGUCCGGUGUCUGCUCUUUGAUGAGAACGGCGACACUGUCGACACAACCAAGACCAGAAAUGGCAUCUUGGUCUAUGCCGUCAGUCCCGACCAUCCGAUCCGAAGCCACCCCAACUUUGCAAACUCCAACCCGAACGAGAAGCUUGCUGCCUUUGGCUUCCUGGAGGAUGGCUCGCCGCGUGUCUGCACCAUGGACGAAGUGGAGCUUGUUAGCGAGCGUGAGAUUGUGAUCUUUGGCAGAUACGGCCAAAAGAUCAAAAUCAACGGCGUGUACAUCGAUCUUCAUGUCCUCGAGACGCUGCUCUCCACCAGCAUCUCCCAGAUGGUCUCGGACUGCGCCUUUGUCCAAACUUCGGAUCAAAAGAUUGUCCUGCUCUAUGUCUUGAAGAAGGACUAUCCUGUCGCGCUCACAUCCCGCCAGAUCCUUGACGCCGCCGAGACCAUCUUUACUCUCCAGAACAUUUCCAGGGUGCCGAUUCACAACUGCCUGGAGCUGCUGGCCAUGCCCUUCAACGACUCUGGCAAGCGCGAUACCAAGAAGCUCAAGCGCAUCGCUGAGAAUGCUGACCACCACGAGCUUGCCAUGGCCUACCCGGCCCUCGUCGUCGACGACACGCCCUUGUCCAAGGCGGCCCUCAAGGUCUCCCGCAUUGGAAGCCAGCUCCUGGACAUUGAGGUCCUCGACGGACGCGACUACUACAUCGCCGGUGUCGGCUUCGACUCGCUGAGUGUCGGCCGACUUACCCUCGCCAUCAAGGAAGAGUUUGAUGUCGAGAUCUCGCCACUGAUUUUGUUGUCCCAUGGCAUGACUGCCAAGAACAUUGCCAGCAUCAUCGUCGACCUUGGCGACGGCAGGCCCUUCCAGCCACCCACCGUCGAUCUGGCCCAGGAGGCCGCCAAGCACGACGAUGCGACCGUGACGGCCGAAGGACUCCCCGCCUUUGUCUUUCCCGAGGCCCCCAAGACGAUCCUGCUCACGGGCGCCACAGGGUUCCUGGGCAUAUUUUUGCUCUUUGAGCUGGCUGCCCGUUUCCCCGAGGCCAAGAUCGUCUGCUUGGUCCGAGCCAAAGACAAGCACGCAGCGAAGGAGCGACUCAAGACCACCGCCGCGACCAUUGUUGUGGACUCGCGCGACUCUACCGCCCCCAAAUACGACAUCUGGGGUCGCGUUGAGGCCCUGCCGGGCGACCUGUCGCACGACAAGUGGGGUCUCUCUGAGGCUGUCUGGGAUGCCCUCGGCCAGUCCGUCGACGUUAUCGUCCACAACGGCGCCGAGGUCCACUGGCUCCAAGACUACCACGCACUCAAGGGUCCAAAUGUCCUUGGCACGGCCACCGCACUGCGCCUUGCCACUGCACACCACCUCAAGCCGCUCCACUACAUCUCAUCUGUCGGGACUGUCCCAAAGACCAAGGGGUCUGCGGCACCACUGGAGGAGACCCUCUACUCGGCCUGGGAUAUCUCUGGCGGCUACGGACAGACCAAGUGGGUCUCUGAGCAGCUGGUCAACAAGGCGCGAUCGCGAGGUGUGCCAGCCACCAUCAUCCGGCCGGCUGUGAUCGCGGGUGAUAGCCGAUAUGGAGUCUGCAACUCGGACGACUACAUCUGGCGAUACGUCAAGGGAUGCAUCCAACUCGGCAUCGCACCGUGCCAUGUGAGCACGGUGACGACCAGCAUGGACCCCGUCGACCAUGUCGCCAAGGUGAUCACAGAGAUUGCUGCCUCUGAAACUGCCCUGUCCAAGUUUGUGUUCCACAUCAGCCAUCCCGAAAACAGUGCCAUCAGCGAGAGAGAGAUCUUUGAAGCUGUCAAGGGCAUGGGCUGGGAUACCAAGUUCGAAACGCGUGAUCAGUUCCGAGCCGCCUUGGUCGAGUCGCAUUCACAGCAUCAGAACGCCCUGUUCCCGUUGAUGCAUAUGGUGAUGAGCAUGUCCUUCCGCAUGGACAACGCCAACACCCGCUCCAUCUACCCUGCACCGGGUCUCCCGGCUGCGAGCCAAGUCGCAAACUGCCUGCAGUACCUCUGUCAAGCCGGGUACCUCCCGGAGAUCCCCAGCUCCCCUCGUCUGCCCGAGGAACAGUUCCCACGGGUCUCCAUCGUCAGCCGGACCGGUCGCCACUGAUGCAGCGCCGACAAACGUCCCCCAUUCUACCAGCGAGCUUUCCUCAAUAGCUUUGUCUUUUUUUUUUUUACUUUCAUCUGCACCAAUGCAGCGUCUGCGAAACUAUACGGGACGCCUUGAUUACAGCUGGCCCUUCUUGGAACGGGGCAUCCUGCUCUGGGCCAGGACUGUCGUUUUAUUUCUGGUCUUGAAUACAGACACCCGCUCGUCGUCCGUCAUGGCCAAACAGAGGGUCCAAUGCA